GUCUUCGUGGUCUGAUGCUGGCAGUGAUGUUAGCUGCUCUGAUGUCAUCUCUGACCUCCAUCUUUAACAGCAGCUCCACUCUGUUUACACUGGACCUCUACCACAGAGCCAGGCCUAAAGCUUCAGAGAGGGAACUCAUGAUUGUUGGAAGGGUUUUCAUCCUGUUCUUGGUAUGUGUUAGUCUGUUGUGGAUUCCAGUCAUCCAAACAGCCAAUAGUGGACAGCUGUUUGAUUAUAUCCAGUCAGUGACCAGCUUUCUAGCUCCGCCAAUUACUGCUGUAUUCCUAAUGGCUAUCUUCUGGCCACGUGCCAAUGAGCAGGGUGCAUUCUGGGGUCUCAUGACUGGACUAGUGGUGGGACUAAUCCGCAUGGUUCUGGAGUUCUCCUAUAUAGCUCCUUCCUGUGGUCAGCCUGAUCAUCGGCCUGCUAUCCUGGCUAAUGUCCACUACCUGUACUUUGCUCUUAUCCUGUUGGCUCUCACUUGCCUUAUCGUUGUUGGUGUCAGCUUGACCACUACACCAAUACCUAAAGAACAUCUGUACCGGUUGACUUGGUGGUCCAGAUAUAGCCAGGAGCCUCGGAUCGACCUUACAGGUCCUCGCAUGAUCUCUGACCCAGUGAACUCUGACUACAGCCCUGACUCUGAACGUUUGCCAGAUUCCUGGUGGCGGAGAGCUGCUCUGUGGCUAUGUGGUCUGACAGGUCCGAGCUCUGGAUCUGUAUCUCCAGUGAUUGAAAACAGUGAACUAAACUCUCUACAGGAGGAGCCAUUCUGGAGUAGAGUCUGCAAUGUUAACGCCCUGCUACUACUGGCUGUUAAUGUGUUUCUCUGGGGAUACUUUGCCUAA